AUGGUCAACACCGACUUUGACCGCAUUUACCUCAACCAGAGCCGCGGCUCCGGGCGGAUGCGGAUUGCCGAGUCUGGGCUUGGGUGGCGUAAGGCCCAGGGCCAGGGCGACGGCGCCGAUAACGCCCCUUUCCUUCUACCCGCCAACGAGCUCAUCAGCGUGCUGUGGUCGCGUGGCGCUCGAGGCUACGAAGUCAGGGUCCAGACCAAAAACCAAGGCGUGGUGAUGUUGGACGGGUUUGACGUCGAGGACUACAACAAGCUCAAGCAAGAAUUGCAGCGCAAUUUCUCGUUGCAGUUGGAACACAAGGAACACGCGAUGAGAGGGUGGAACUGGGGGACGACCGAUUUCGCCAAAAACGAGUUGGUAUUUGAAAUUGCCAACAAACCGGGGUUUGAAGUGCCCUACUCGAUGAUUUCCAACUCGAAUUUGACGGGUAAAAACGAAGUAGCGGUGGAAUUGGCCCCUCCCGACGCCAACGCCGCCGCCGGCGACGAACUCGUGGAAAUGAGAUUUUAUAUCCCCGGUACCGAGGAAGUGGAAAAGACUACUACCGUCAAAAAUGAUGAGGGGGUGGAAACUGAACAAACGGAACAGGAAGAAGUCAGCGCCGCCCAGACGUUCUACGACCAGAUCCGCGAUAAGGCCGACAUCGGCCAGGUCGCUGGCGACGCCGUGGUGUCGUUCCAAGACACGUUGUUUGUCACUCCCCGUGGGCGCUACGACAUCGACAUGUACGCGCUGUCGCUCAGAUUGCGGGGUAAGACCUACGACUACAAGAUCCAGUACAAGCAAAUCGAGCGGAUCUUCUCGCUUCCAAAGCCCGACGACACCCACCACCUUAUUAUCCUUCAGAUCGACCCCCCGUUGCGCCAAGGGCAGACGCGGUACCCGUUCUUGGUCAUGCAAUUUAACCAGGAAGAUGAGCUUGAAGUCGACCUUAAUUUGACCGACGAAGAGUACCAAAAAACUUACGAACUGAGGCUUAAAAAGCACUACGACGCCCAGGCUCACAUCGUGGUCCUGCAUUGCUUUAAGGGCCUCACUGAGCGCCGGGUGAUCGUCCCUGGCUCCUUCCAGCUGAAGGUGUUGCAACCGGGUAUUCUGUGCUCGCUCAAGGCGCUGGAAGGGUACUUGUACCCGCUCGACCGCUGCUUCCUCUUUGUCACCAAGCCCACCGUCUACAUCCCCUUCUCCGAGGUGCUGCUGGUGACGAUGCUGCGUACCGGCGGCGGGGUGCUGGCGCUGCGCACGUUUGACCUUGAGAUCGCGCUUAAGGGGUCUAACAUCACUCACACCUUCGGGCUGAUUGAUAAGGACGAACAAGAGCCGUUGGAGAGAUUCUGUAACGAAAAGGGGUUGCGGGUGAAGAACGAAGAGAAGAUCGCCAAGGCGAUGCUCGCCCAAGCGAUGAAGGAGGGCGACGAUGACGACGAUGGCGAUGUCGACAUGGGCCUGGCGGGCGAGGACGAGCUGGAGGACGACGACUUCGAAGGCGGCUCCGACUCUGACCCGGCGGAAGAGUUUGACUCCGACGCGUCCGACGACUCCGGCGACGACGAAGGCGACGGCGAACCCGCCCCGAAACGGGUGAAGAACUAG